AUGGCUGACAGCUGGGUGAGGCUGCGUCUCGGACUGGUACUAUCUCUCAACAUGCCACCUAAAGGACGGGACCAUAACCCGAGCGGCCUUGGUCGGGCGAUCAUUAACAAGAAAUCGAAGGAUGCUCGUAUUGCUCGCGAGAGUGGAAACUAUACUACCGAUCUAGACCACGCAACCCGAUUGCAAUCCAUCACACAAGAAAAGGAUCUCGAUGAGUUCCUUAACACUGCGACUUUGGCUGGGACGCAGUUUACUGCAGAGCGGCGAAAUGUCAAAAUCAUCAGCGUGGCCGCCGGCUCACAACAAAAUCCGUACCUGCUGAGUGAAGAGGAGGAGCGGACCACUUUGCAAAAGCAGCAGGAAAACAAGCAGCGACUUCGUGUACCCCGGCGGCCGCCAUGGAAGAAGACCAUGACGACGGCGGUGCUCGAUCGGCAGGAAAAGGAUGCGUUCCUGGAGUGGAGGAGAGGACUUGCCGAGCUGCAAGAACGUGAUAGCUUCCUCCUCACACCAUUCGAACGCAACAUCGAGGUUUGGCGACAGCUGUGGCGAGUCCUGGAGCGGUCGCAUCUCAUCGUUCAGAUCGUCGAUGCGCGGAACCCCCUUCGAUUCCGGUGUGAGGAUUUGGAGGCUUACGUGCAGGAUGUCGAGGGUACCGAGGGCGAGGCUGGGACAGGAAGAGGAGUGAGGCGGAGUCUUCUACUCAUCAACAAGGCGGAUCUUUUGACUGCGAGGCAGAGGAAACUCUGGGCCGACUACUUCGACUCACAAGGCGUGCAGUACGCCUUCUUCUCUGCGGCGAAUGCGGCUGCGUUGCAGGAAGCUCGCAAAGAGGCGGAAGCCGCAGCGGCGAGAGCUGAGGAGGAGGUGGAGGCGGCUGCAGAGGCGGCAAAAGCUCCCGGUGCCGGCCCAAAUUCGGACGAGGAGGAAUCUGACGACGAGAGCUCCGAUGAGGAAGACUCUUCUGAUGAAGAGUCCUACGAUUCAGACUCGAGACGAGGCACAUUCCACCCUCUGGAAGAGCGCUCAGAGACGGAAGAUCCUAGGACAAGGGUUCUGUCUGUGCUUGAGCUUGAGGAGCUGUUCGUCAGCUGUGCGCCCGACCUGUCAGUGUUUACUGAUUCGACCGGGCAGAAAGCGACCAGGCUUGUGAUCGGACUGGUCGGAUACCCCAACGUCGGCAAAUCGAGUACCAUCAACGCGCUGCUUGGUGAGAAGAAGGUCAGCGUGUCGUCGACCCCGGGAAAGACGAAGCACUUCCAAACGAUCCAUCUUUCGCCUUCGCUCGUUCUGUGCGAUUGUCCUGGUUUGGUAUUCCCGCAAUUCGCGACGACGAAAGCCGAUCUCGUUUGUGAUGGUGUCCUUCCUAUCGACCAGCUCCGCGAACACACCGGCCCUAUCGGUCUGGUUGUGAAGCGUAUCCCGAAGCAAAUCCUGGAAGCGAUAUAUGGGUUGAGCGUCCGGACUAGGGGUGUCGAAGAGGGAGGAGACGGGAAGAUCACUGGGACCGAUCUUCUAGUCGCGUAUGCUAUCGCUCGUGGAUUCAUGCGUGCCGGCCAAGGCAAUCCUGACGAGGCCCGUGCGGCACGUUUCAUUCUCAAGGACUACGUCAACGCGAAAGUUCUCUACUGCCAUCCUCCGCCUGGUACCACCGAGGCAGACUUCAACGAGGAGACGUGGGAGAUCGCUCUUCAGCGCGCCAUUGGCAAGAAACGCGCCCCGACCACGCGUGUCACCAAGAACGCCGAUACGUUCGUCGCACCGACAGGCGCUCCCGAAACCGCACCAUCUGCUAUGCAGGGGAACAAGAGCCACAGACUGGACCAGAACUUCUUCGCCGACAACGCGCCUCUGUCCUCGAGGCCGAACAUCGAAGGCGUGAAGGGACAAGGACAGGAGUUCUCACGUGGGCGGAUCUACCCUCAUCAGAACACGAUGACGGACAAUGCUGUCCCGCUGUCGGGACGGAGGGCUAGAAUCGCAUCCGUGGUCGCUGCUGCGGGCAACGAGGUCCAGUCGGGGAAGAAGCACCACAAGAAGAUGAAGCGGGUGAAGCAGAGGAGCGGGAAGGGUUACGAUGACUAGACAAGCGUUGGUUGUGAUCGAACAUCUGUAGCCCUAGCUAGAGUACUUGUUGGCGUUGCUUGUAUCCAUUUUCUUGUAUGCUCUCC